UCUCACUAAAUUCCACAUUUUGGGGGGUGUUUGAAGACCGACAAAAAUGGCCAUUUUAAAGUUUGUAUUUUUCAUUUUUAUUGUUUCCCACAGCACAGUUGUUGCUAGGGUUAUCGAUGCGCGGACCGCACGGGACAGGUUGUCUGCGGUUACCGCCGCUCAUUUCUCCCCUCUCUCGCCGCAGACGCAGGGCAGCUGCAAAGACUGCACAGAGAUUCUGGAGCUGUUCGCAGACAUGAUCUCCGACAAGGAAACCCAGGCCCGGAUCAUGGACAUUCUGAAGGAGCUGUGCCUCCAGUUGCCAGGCCCCAUGACCCAGGACCUCUGCCUGGACCAGGGCAAGCACAUCCUGCCCACGGUCGUCCACUUCCUGUCCGACUUCAUUAAAACAAAUCAGAUAUGCACAAUACUGGGAGUGUGUAAGAGUCAAUCACAGGGUAUGGAACAGGAGGUGCUGACCAAUAAGAUCGCUGAGAUCCACAUAUCACCUGGGCCUGGCACUAUGACAUGGCAUGAGACACCGUCCUCUCUGCAGUGCACCUUCUGUCUUUUGCUUUUCAAGAGUCUGGACACUCUGAUCCCCAAGACUGAGGUAGAGUGUAUCAUAGUUACGGUGCUGUCCCAGAUCUGUGGGAUCCUACCUGGGUUUUUGAGAGGCAGCUGUCAGAGCUUGGUGGACCGCUACGUGCAAAGGCUGCUGGACUUCCUGCUGUCCUGGAUCACGCCCAGGAACGUGUGCCGCCUGCUCCGCUUCUGCAGCUCCCAGAACACAGCCUCUCCAGACUGCGACUCGUGUCAGAUGUUGGCGAUGUUGGCACGAUUCCACUUGGGCUUCAACACCACAGAUCUUCAGACCUCUGCCUUCCUGGAGUCUGUCUGCCAGCUGUAUCCCAGCUACAUCCCAAAGUGUGACUCUUUCACCCUGCGCUAUGGGCCUGUUCUACAGAAGUCUCUGAGCAAGCCAGGGGGAAUCCAGAACCAGUGUGAGGAGGCGCUCCUGUGUACAGCAGAAGAGGACCCGUGUAGGAGAGGGAUGGACAGGUGCAGGGACCAGGAGACUGCAGAAAAGUGCAACUCUGUGUCCUUCUGUCUGAGGUAUAUGUGGAGAUCAGAACCGCAGUCUCAGGAGCAGCCCAUCGCUCUAAACGGAGGAAUGAAGACUGAGGACUCUGAGGCUGAUUCUCCAACUGCUUUCCACUGACAAUACACUUACAAUAUCAACAAAUGAGAUCCAAUAUACCAUACACAUCACUAAUACUGCACUUAUUAACAAAUUAGAUUCAAGAUACCAUACACAUUAUUAAACUUACUUAUUAACCAAUGAGAUUCAAUAUACCAUACACAUUACUAAUACUGCACUUACUUAUCAACCAAUGAGAUCCAAUGUACCAUACACAUCACUAAUACUGCACUUACUUAUCAACCAAUGAGAUCCAAUGUACCAUACACAUCACUAAUACUGCACUUACAUAUCAACCAAUGAGAUUCAAGAUGCCAUACACUUCAUAGACAAUGCACUUAUAAAUAAACCAAUGAGAUGACAUUUUUCAUCGGUCAUGGAGCGUCUGGGCUGCAUCAUUUGCACAUUAUAGCUUCGUGAAAAUACUGUGCCCUUCCCCCUGUGUGACACUGUUCUUAUACACAGACAUUCUGAAUGGCAAAGAAUGCACUCUUCUGUAUUUACCAUCAGGGAAGAUAACAUUAAUGAAUGAUGAAUAUCAUUUUCUUUUUUUUUGUGCUAGAUAUAAGUAAAUAGAUUUGGCUAACCAUCAGUGAGGGUAUUUCAGCUAUUCCCAGAAAUGAAAUGAUAUUCACUU